AGAACUGAAGCUGGGUUUGAUGGGAUAUGUUCUGUUUUUCCGGAGGCCGAGUGGGUGGAUCUCCUGGAAUCCAGAAGGAUCCGGCCCAAUCCAGCCAUCCCCGUCCGCUGAGGAGUGACCCUCUCUGCCUCAGCGAGAUUCGAGGGGGGGGGGCUGAAGGAGGAGGAGGAGGGAGCGAAGGCGAGGCCGGCCUGCUUCCAAACACGGCAUGUAAACAAUACAGCGCAGGGGAGGCGAGGCAGGCGGGGAGGCCUAGGUCCCAGGGCCAGAGGGGGAGACUGAGGGAGGGAGAGGCACGGCCCCCAUUAACCCUUUCCUCGUCCAGGGAAGGAGGCAAGGAAGGGAGGGCCGCCUCGAAGGGAAGGGAGACAGUCACGCAGGCGGAGGAGGAGGGAGAGAGGGAGGGAGAGGGAGGAGGAGGAGGCGGCGGCUAAAAGGCGGCCGCCGGGGCGAGCGAGGAUGGAUUUCCAGCAGCUGGCGGACGUUGCGGAGAAAUGGUGCUCGGGCAACCCCUUCGAGCUCAUCGCCACCGAGGAGACGGAGCGGAGGAUGGACUUCUACGCCGACCCGGGCGUCUCCUUCUACGUCCUCUGCCCGGACAACGGCUGCGGGGAGAAUUUCCACGUUUGGAGUGAAAGCGAGGAUUGCUUGCCUUUCCUGCAAUUGGCUCAGGACUACAUUUCUUCUUGUGGAAAAAAGACACUCCAUGAAAUACUGGAAAAAGUCCUCAAAUCAUUCAGACCUCUAUUGGGGCUUCCAGAUGUAGAUGAUGAUGCAUUUGAAGAGUAUAAUGCAGAUGUGGAAGAAGAAGAAGCAGAAGCCGAUCACCAGCAAAUGGGUGUCAGUCAGCAGUAAUAUUAAGAGGAAUUUAAAAUAUAUAUAUUAUCCUACCAUGUGGGGUCUUAUGCUUCUGUAUUAGCCUUUUUGAAAUUAGCACAUCACACCAGAAAAAGCUGGCUUCCAAACCCAAAGUUAAAAAAAAAAACAGAAAAGAGAAGAAAACCAUCGAUAUUUUAAAGUCUGUGAUGAGCUUUGCUAAGAAGUGGCCUGAAUUCACUCCUGCUUCAGUGAGGUUUCUAUGGCGUUGUCUUAGUAGCAUUCUGCCAUUAUCUUAGAACUAGGGUGUUUUCCCCCCUCGCUGACUGUCUUUUUGUUGUUGUUACGAUUAUUAUUAUUAUUAUUAUUAUUAUUAUUAUCAUUUUGUUUAUUUGUAUAGGAGAAUUAACAUUUCACUGACCUGAAUGUGAUUUGAAUGUAGGAACUAUUUGGUUGACGUGUUAAGUACUUGCGUGACCUUAACGAGGACCAUCCAUGCAGAGAAUAAAUGCAAUCUGCACUUUCA